AUGUCUGAAUUGGUGGCGCGUACGGGGCGGCAUCAACAGCGCUACGAGAACGGUUAUCGUCUUGUUGCUGGGUGUGUACCAUUUAGAUAUAAAAGUUCUAAUGUCGACUCCAGUUCCGCGAAGAUUGUUGAAGUGCUUAUGAUUAAUUCACCAAGUGGACCUGGUCUUUUGUUUCCAAAGGGAGGUUGGGAGAAUGACGAAACUGUUGAGGAGGCAGCUGCAAGGGAAGCUGUAGAAGAAGCAGGAGUUCGAGGAGACCUAAUGGAUUUUCUUGGAUAUUAUGAAUUUAGGAGUAAGACCCAUCAAGAUGAGUUUAGUCCAGAAGGUUUAUGUAGAGCAGCAAUGUUUGCCUUGUUUGUCAAGGAGGAACUAGAGUUGUGGCCUGAGCAAAGCACCAGAAAUCGGAGUUGGCUAGCUUUAUCGGAGGCACUUAAAAGCCUCCGGCAUGCAUGGAUGAGGGACGCCCUGGAAUGCUUCUGUAAAUGGCACGAGGAUAAGUUGGUGAAUGGGACGAAAGGAUGA